GCAAAACAGAAAAACCAGCCUUUCAAAUUUUCCCGCCAAAACAAAUGAGAAUUGCAGAGAUAUCCUCGCCGGAGCUCCGGCCACUUCAACGAGACACGGAGGCUAACAACCGUAGCCUCUCCCAUAUCGAAGCAAUCGUCAAGCAACUCGAAACGCUCACCGCGGAUAAACCACCUCCGGAAACUACCACCUCCGAUCUCCGACAAUGUCUUACUCAGCUAAGUCAACUCGCUCCGUUUCCGAAUUCGUUGAGGCUUCAGAUCUGGAAGCUCAGUUACCGCCUCUGGAACGCAUGCGUCGACAUCUCCAACACCAUCCGGUCCUCAUCCUCCGCCACCACCGAAAGUCAAGCCGAACUCCGACACAUCGCCGCUGACCUUCUCUCUAUCGCCGGAGAAGUCGCCGGCGUUCCCUCUCCGGCGAUAAAAUCGGCAUCGUUCUACCACAAGACCGGUCUGAUAUGGCACAACCUCCGGAAAUUUGAUCUCGCGGCGAAGUGCUUCGAGCGCGCCACUGAUCUGGUUUCGAAGCUUGACAUCAAUUCAAUCGUCGACGCUGGAGAGAGAAAAAUGUUGCUGGAUCUGAACCUGGCUCGGUCCCGAACAGCAUGGGAGGUUCGGGACCCAAGCCUGUCGGUUGCGCUGCUUAACCGGAGCAAGAGCUUCCUCUUCGGUUUGUGCGACCACUACGCGGAUCUCGCGAAGCAGUACAUGGCGUUCGGGAAACGCGCGCUGUCGAACAGCGGCGCGGACGCAAGUCGCGAGGCGCUGAAGCUGAUGAACGAGGCGUUGGAGACUUGCGAGAAGGGAUUCGAUACAGCGCGAACACGGGAAGAGAAGGUGGAGAUCCGAGGGUUGAGGUGGAAGGCACUUAGGUUUAUUGCUGCGAUUCAUUUGCAAAAAGAGGAAUAUGAGAGUGUGAUAAAGUGUGUGAAGGUUUUGAGAGACUCAGCUGAUGGCGGUGACGAGCAUCCGAGUCUUUCGGUGUUGGCGAUGAAGGCGUGGUUAGGGUUGGGUAGGCAUGGUGAGGCGGAGAGGGAGUUGCGGGGUAUGGUGAUUGACAGGGGGAUUCCGGAGGGAGUUUGGGUGUCGGCGGUGGAGGCGUAUUUUUCGGCGGCGGGGACAGCUGGGGCGGAGACGGCGAAGGGGGUGUUCUUGGGGCUGUUGGGAAGGUGUCAUGUUAGUGCUGGGGCGGCGGUGAGGGUGGCGCAUAGGGUGGCGGGUGGUGGCGGGGAAGGGGGGAGAGUGAGGGCUAAGGUGGUUGCUGAACUUGUGUCUGAUGAGAGGGUGGUGGCCCUCUUUGCAGGACAGGAUGCUGCUAAGGAUAGGGUGGCAAUGCAUGCUGUUCUGUGGAAUUGUGGUGCCGAUAACUUUCAAUCAAAAGAUUAUGAGACCAGUGCGGAACUCUUUGAAAAAUCAAUGCUCUAUAUUGCACAUGAUACAGAGAACAGAAUACUUCGAGCAAAGGGCUACAGAGUUCUGUGUCUCUGCCACCUUGGUCUGCUGCAGCUGGAUCGUGCCCAAGAAUACAUCAACGAGGCUGGAAAGCUUGAGCCUAACGUUGUCUGUGCUUUUCUUAAGUUCAAAAUUUAUCUCCAAAAGAAUGACCACCAAGGGGCUAUUGAUCAAAUAGAAGCCAUGACAACAUGCCUUGACUUUCAACCAGAUUUUCUCUCACUUUCAGCGCAUGAAGCUGUUGCAUGUCAUGCUCUACCUGUUGCUGUUGCCUCUCUAUCAAGUAUGCUAAAGUUCUACGCUUCAGGAAAGUCCAUGCCCACUGCCGAAGUAACAGUUGUGCGCACCUUGCUGACAGUCCUCUCUCAAGAACCAGGUAAUGAACAGCAAGUUAUCAAAUUUUUAAAACAUGCCCAUACUCGAGCAUCAGAGAUUGGUCCCGAUUUCUUCUUUGGUAAAGAGGAGGUUGGCAGACGGGAACGGAAUUGGUUUGCCGUGACUUCAUGGAACUAUGGUACAAAAACGGGGCAGGAUAAGAAUUAUGAAUUAUCAGCUGAGUUCUUGAAACUGGCAUCAGAUUUUUAUGCACUAGUCGAGGGUUCCGAUGAUGAGAGCAAUGUCAUGGUUUGCAAAUCGUUAGUGCUUUCUGUAUCAUCAAUGAUAGCUUUAGAGUUUCAAAGGAACACUCCAAUGUCAGAAACUGAAGUCAAGCAAGCUCUACUCUUGCUAGAUAGAGCAGGGCAGAUGCUAAAAUCAAAUUCGUCCAGGAACUCAGUCAACAAUGACCAAAUUAGUACCAUUGAGCCUGAACUUCUUUUCAUAUACACUUUCUGUGCUUAUGAUAUACAAGGCAGGCUGAAUGACCCAGGUUCGCAAUUUCUCAACGUGAGAAACUUUGCCAGUUCAAAGGCUUGCAAACCCCACCACCUCCUCCAAAUUGGUCUCUCUGCCUCACAGGCACCACGGUUGAAUCACGAAGUAGCAUCCUUUGCUCUAAAUGAAUGCCUCUCAUCUUUCCUAGCAUCACCAGUUCCAGAUUAUCAAAAUGUUGCUCUUGUGAUGCGCAAGCUUAUAUCCAUGGCUAGCGUUUACAAGGGUGACACUGAUGAUGAUCUUGUGUAUGGCAUGUACAGGCAAGCCUAUAGGAUAAUGGUUGGUUUAAAGGAAGAUGAGUAUCCAAUUGAAGAAGGAAAGUGGCUCGCCAUGACUGCAUGGAACCGAGCAGCAGUGCCAGUGAAGUUGGGCCAGAUUGAAGCAGGGAAGAAAUGGAUGACUGUCGGCUUGGACAUUGCAAAGCAUGUUCCAGGCAUGGAAGCUUACAAAGCAUGCAUGGAAGAAGUCCUAGGUAAUUUGAAGAAAGAACCUUGAUAUACACGAAUCUCAAAUACGGUUUCUAGUAGUACAGAACUCAUAGAUCUCUUGUACAGGAAAGUGUAUAUUAUAGAAAACAUCUGGUGUUGAAUUUUGUUUUGGAAAUUUUCUGUAAGUUUUAUAAGAGCAGGUUUCAACUACUUCUACUCUUCUGUAAAA